UUAGAGACACGCCUCAGCUUUAUGCCAGAGGAGAAGAGAUACUGUAGCUAUCCUUUUUGGUGAAGUGGAGCAACCUUAGAUGAUCUGGAAUCCAGUGUUCAGUGUGCAGUGUGCUGUCGGAAAGCAACUGGAAGAGUUAUAUCGGGCGAGUAAUAUCGGCAUAGAGAGCUUGAACUGAACACAUGCAGGAAGAAUUGAGGGAGACGUGCUUUUAUAUGAUGACGAGCUGGAUAAUGAAGAUGGACAAGGAUGGUCAGGAAUAUGUCAAGGGUGCUGAGCUAGUGCACGAGUUUCGGGCAGAGCUGACUGAGCGCGUCAGGGAGACCCGACGCAUCGCCAAGGCGCUCCUGACACAGGGGCUGGUGGCUAGUGAGGAGUACCAGGCACUGGUGGGCGGCUCUAGCAGCCGUGAGCGGAUGGCAGGGAUCUUCAGGGCUUUGGAGGCUGGGGGAGCGCGGGCCAUGGGCACACUCUAUUGGCUGCUGCUGGAACACGAGUCGGAGCUCAUGCUGGAGAUGGAGCGUGCUCAGUUUCUCAGUGAGACGAAAGAAGACCUCCUUCAGCGUUUAACACGGGCGGAGACUGUGGCCAAUAAGCUUCUGGGGGAGGGGCUACUGAGUGAGGAGGCAUAUUUCCGUGUCAGCUCUACCAAGGGUGACGAGAUGAGGGCCCAGGAGCUGUGGGCGGGUCUAGAGAUGGGCGGCACCACAUCAAAGGAUGGAUUCUAUAGGGCGCUGCUUCACUGCCAACCCUUGCUGUAUAGAGAACUGGAGAAGAAACGAGUGAUGAGAAUGUGCGGAAUAAACAGAGGGAGUGAGGAGAAUGGACUGGAGAGAAGAAGAACGGAGCUACAGAAAGAGGAGAAGAGACUCCAGCUGGAGAGAGAAAAUAUGAAGAGCGAGAGGGAUGAGCUAGAGUGUGCCAGGGCAGAGGUAGAGAAAGCGAAGGAGGAGAUACGGAAGGAGACUGAACAGCUACAACUAAUCAGAAAAAAGCUGAGGGAAAGGACAAAGUCAGAGGGUGGAGGACACCUGAUAAUUUAGAAGAGAAAAUUACAUUGCCUUGGUUAUAGCAUCAGUUGUUGACAGGUGAAUGGCCUCCUUCAAGACUGCUUUGAAGCUAAUUCUGAUGCUGGUUGUAUUAUAUGUUUGUUUUUGUUGCAUUCAUAAUUCAUAAAGCUAUGCUGAAGUUA